UUCACAUGUCACACUUUGUUAAUGUUCCUUAGAAAUUACGGUAAACAGUCAUUUUAUUUGGGAAUUACUCGACCUGUGUUUGGCUCAUGGGGACCUCUAGUGGAUUGCCCACGAAAACAAAAGGGAAGCUCAGUAUUAACGUCUGGCAGCCAGUCAGUGAGUGCGUCCUCAGGGAGCAGCGGUGCAGCAGGACCACAAGUGUUCCUCGAGCAAAAGCGAAUAAAUAUGUUAAUUUAGACGGAUGGAUUACUUAUAAUCGACGCUUAAUAUGUAUCCGGAGUUAAAGGAUGGCCUGUUUCCUUUUCCUUACCAUGGAUUAUAAAAGUUAAAACAACGGAAGCGACGCGAGAGAGAAGUAAUGAUGAAGUCAGGAGUGCAGAAACCACCUGUGGCCCCUAAACCAAAGACAGUCCAGCCGAUGAAACCAGGACUGUCUCCUGCAACCCCCAGAAGAAAUGGCCUGUCCCUACCAUCUCCUGGCACAGCAAGGAGGACCAAACCAGCUUUGGCCCCCAAACCCUGCCUAUCCAAAUGCACCACUGGUGUGGAAUCUAUACCACUCACUUCUAAAAGCCUCCACCAAACAUCUAGUGCAGAGACCCCAUUGACUGUGGGCCUCCUUAACUCUCAAAAUGGGAUACAAGAAGAAAACAAAAAGUCAAACUGGGACUAUAUUAUUCCUAUUUGUCUGUGCAGCCAGGAAAACUGUAUGUGCUUGAAGACCUCUGCAGACAGAAUGGACUUGAAAACGCCACUCAAGGGUAAAACUGAAGAAAACAGAAAAGCUGCUACUGCAAUUCAUAGUGUUGUGGAAAAUAUUGAAGAGAAAACAUACCAAGCUUUAACCAACAUCUGUCUCACUAACCACAAAUCACUACAAGAGACAUUAACUUUAGACAACAAUUUUAACACAGAUAAAGAUGCCUCUAGUCCCUCUUUUCCUGCAGAAUGGCCUGAUGAGACUAAAGGUGCUGUAAUGGCUCUGAGCGCACCUGAGCAAGGACUAGAGGAAGAUUGUCUUGGCUCAGACCAAUUGUCUAAUGUGCCCCAAUCCAAAGCUAAACCAGUCCCAGUAGCCCCUAGGAAGCCCUGCCCUGUCCCUGUACCACGGAAACCCAGGAAGGCUGGACUGGCCCAUCAGGAAAAGGAGGGAGAGGCCACAAACCAGGAUGGGAGGGAAAUGAUCAUUGAUGAGGUGAAGCUGUCAUCAGAAGGGAAGAGCUGCCCAUCCUCAUAUGUCAGUGUAUCUGACAGAGAAGACACCCUAUCUCAUUUUAUUUGUGUAAAACAAACCAGUGCCCCACCAGCCCCUCCGCCCAGGAAAAAGCCCUUUCUGUCUGCACCUGAGAAAGCACUCGCCUCUUCCCCACAGGAUGUGGAAGAGCAAGACCUGGGCUGGGACAGUAACAUCUAUGAGAUGGAGAUAUCAGUCGAUAAGGAGGACGAAGAGUCGGGGAAGCAGCAGGAAAGACAGGAUGAUCAGGCAGUGGUCUAUAGCGACCUUACACAUAGGACUUCUUCCAUCAGCCGACCUCCUGCUGUCACUGUAACUGAGGAGAAAGUGGUGGUCAAGGCAGUGCCAAAGAAGCCAGAGAGACGCUCCAUGGCAUGGAUGCAGAGGAAAGAAGGCUCUGAAGAGAAGGAAGAGCAGAUAUUUGAAUGUAGUGAAAAAAGGCAGUCUGAACCUGAACAGGACUCGAUUUUGAAGGAGAGGCUCAUGAGAGAGCUGCCUUUAAAUCCACAUGAGAAAACAAGCAUAGCUCUUUUAGCACCCACCAAACCGUCCCGAUCCAGCCUCAGCAAAGCUAAGUCCUUCUCCGGUGCUGACAUCAUUCGGUCUGAAGGCCAGAGGAGGAACUCCUUCAGGAAAUUACUAGACUUGAAACUCACUGUGAAGAUGCUUCCUAAACUCAUCGUGAAAGGGACCCAGACAUCAAAUGUUAGAGAACAAAGUGUGGACAAAGGACCUCAGAACAACCAUGAGGACUUCAGGACUAAACGUAAAUACUCCUGCCCGCUAAUUGGAGUUGAGCAAAAUGUGGAUGGAGAUGUGUUUCCUCCUGAGGUGGAGCAGGGUGUUGACUAUGAGAACAUCCCACUGUACGAGGAAAUAGCAGACUAUGUGAACCUGGAUGUGGGGAAGGAGGUGACAUCACCCUGGGCCUUGCAGCUUCCAGACUGGCAGAGCUCAGCUUAUAAUGACGAGGGCAUUUAUGAAGAGCAGGAGCCAUACAUGCCUCUGCAGAGAAACACUGCACACCAGCAGGAACAAUACGAAUAUCCCAGAGGCUUUGUCCAUGAAGAGGUUGUACCGCUUGAUGGACCCUCAGAUGAUGACAUUAUGGACCACAGCUCUGACGACGAAGAAGAGGAGGAGGACAGCAGCUCUAUCUCAAGUAAAGGAGACAUAGAGCCAACAGAGGAGAGUGUGAAUGAAAAGAAGAAGACCAAGAUUCUCCACAUUGCCACUGAAAUUAUGAGCUCUGAGAGUGUGUUUGUUGAUGUCCUGAAGCUGCUUCAUGUUGACUUCCGAGAUGCGGUGUCCAAAGCAUCUCGUAAGAGCGGGAAACCUGUGAUUGAGAAUCAGCUGUUGAACCAGAUCCUUUACUACCUCCCGCAGCUCUAUGAACUCAACAAAGACCUGCUCAAAGAACUGAAGCAGAGAGUGGCCAAAUGGGAUGAAAAGCCCCAGGUUGCAGACAUCUUCCUGAAGAAAGGGCCCUAUCUGAAGAUGUACUCUAUGUAUAUCCGAGAGUUUGACAAGAAUGUAGCUCUGCUGGAAGAGCAAACAAAGAAGAACCCUGCGUUUGGUGCCGUAGUUCGAAAAUUUGAGGCAAGUCCAUGCUGUGCCAAUCUGGCUCUGAAGCAUUACCUCCUCAAACCUGUUCAGAGGAUUCCUCAGUAUCAGCUGCUGCUCACAGAUUAUCUGAAAAACCUGUCUGAAGACUGUGAUGAUUACAAGGACACACAAGCUGCUCUUGUCAUAGUGAAAGAAGUGGCAAAUCACGCGAACGACAUCAUGAAACAAGGGGAUAUCUUUCAGAAGCUGAUCCAGGUGCAGUGCAGACUUACUGGAUACCAUGAGAUAGUCCAUCCGGGACGGAUCUUCCUGAGAGAGGGCAUCCUGAAGAAGCUUUCCAGGAAGGUUAUGCAACCCAGAAUGUUCUUCCUGUUUAAUGACAUCCUGCUGUACACCACUCCUGUCCAGUCUGGCCAGUUUAAGGUUAACAACAUGCUGUCUCUGGCUGGGAUGAAGGUUAGCAAACCCACCCAAGAGGCCUACCAGAAUGAGCUGAACAUAGAGAGCGUGGAGCGCUCCUUCAUCCUCUCUGCCAGUUCAGCUUUAGAAAGAGAUGACUGGCUCGAAGCCAUUUCUACAGCGAUUACUGAUUAUACAAAGAAGAAAAUCAGUUUCAUAUCUGGAAAAACUCCAGAUGAGGUAGAACUGAGGGAUGCCACAAACGGUGCUCCUUUAGGAUCCAAAGCUCCCAUUUGGAUCCCUGACCCACGAACCACCAUGUGCAUGAUCUGCACCUGUGAAUUCAGCCUGACAUGGAGACGACAUCACUGUCGUGCAUGUGGGAAGGUUGUGUGUCAAUCCUGUUCCUCCAACAAACACUGUCUUGCCUACCUGAAGAACCAGUUGGCACGAGUGUGUGACCAGUGUUUCAUUGUCCUACAGCAGCAAAAAUGUGAACAGACACUGCCAUCAGCUGUUUCCUCCGGUAGCAAAUCUACCUUUGCUUUCUCUAGGAAACAGAAGAAAAUCCCUGCAGCCCUGAAAGAGGUGUCGGCAAGUACAGGCAACUCCUCCAUGAGCGGGUAUUUACAGAGGUCAAAGGGCAACAGAAAGCAGGGGAAGAGGCUGUGGUUCGUCAUCAAGGAUAAGGUGCUGUAUACAUACGCUGCAAGUGAGGAUGUUGCAGCCUUAGAGAGUCAACCUCUGCUGGGAUUUGUGUUGAAAGUCGAUUCAUCUCAGAAUUUACAGUUCAAGCUCUACCACAAAAAUACAUUGUACUACAUCUUUAAAGCUGAUGAUACGCAAACAGCCCAGAGGUGGAUUGAGUCCUUUAAAGAAGCCACAGUUCUUUGAUAUGUGAAGUGUCUUCAUGUAAAUAUGUCUGUUCUCUCUCUCUCUCAGUCCUGUUGAAACAUACCAGUACCACUGGAAUACAAACAUUUUAUUGGUUUUAUAGGAUUUACCUUAAUUACCUUAUAUGGCUUUGGAAAAACAUUAUUAGACCACUUCCAACACUGAUAAUUUUGUGAUGAAGUGCCUAAUAGUUACAGAAAUUCAUAAUAUACAUGAGACAAUCUGAUAAUAACACACUGUAUUCAUAAAUUAUGUAUAAACAUGAAAUAUAUAAUUAGUAAAACAUUUCUGAAACACUACUAUGUGUAACAGCUUCAUAUAAAAGGUUAAGACGCUCCAAAGUAAUUUAGAACUUCACCAAGACAAGACGAACAUUUUGAAAUCAGCUGAAAAAAAGCCAUUCAUUGUCCACCAACAUCUACAAAAGCAGAGGCAGAAAACACACUUAAAUGGCAUGUCACAGUGGGAUAAUAAUUAUUUCCAAAGCUGUAUGUUGUUUCAAAAACACUCCUGUGGAAGUGGAUGCUUUUUUCAGGUUAAUAUUUAUCUCUUCCACUAGUUUGUGCUACAAAAAUCAUGUGACAAUGACAUGAAUCUACUGUAUUUUAGUUUUUUAUGCUGUGGCAGUGUCAGAAUGUCUACAUUUAUCUGCUCACAUCUUAUCAAUUUUAGGUAAUGAAAGACCAAUUAAUCAUCUCUAAAAUUACAAAGCAAAUUCUAAAGAAAAAUUGUGAUGAACUUUUUGAGUCCUAUAGGGUGGAAAAACACAUGUAACUAUGUUUUGUUUAACAUUUAUUUCAUGCUCAUAGGUGAUGGUUUUGAAUGUUGUCUGUAAAGCAUAUAUCAUGCACUUUUUAAUGCUGAUAUUACUUAGUAUACAUUAUUCAGGCAUCCAGCUGAAAUUCUUAUUAACCGUUUGGACGUAACCUGCCCUUAAGUCACUCAAGUCACUGUAAAUAUAGGUGAUUGUGAUUAAAUGUUAUGCAAUGAAAACAAAUUUUCAUGAAUCUCAUUUUUACUGUUUAAACUGUCAUUGAAAUAAACGUUUACGCCUUUA